AUAUUUCUUUUCUCAGCGGCUCAGCGCCUUCGGCUCUCUUUAGUCUCACCAUCUAUUUGAUUUUGUUCGAAGAGGGAGAGAGUUUCUUCUCCCUCUCUCGGUCUUUCCUACCAGUUUCCAACCACGACUUUUCUUGACGAGUUUGCGUGUCUUCCCUCUUCGAUUUCCAUUUCAAAGCUCUCUGUUUGAUAAGCUAAGCUGUUGUUCCUCCUUGAUUCAUCCAAGACUCCCCUUUGUUCAUAUUCAGGUACUAUUGUUGAAUUUCUAGACGAAUUCCAUCUUUCAUCAAGUCCCCGGCUGUGCUUUGUAGUCCUUCCUAGCUUGGAAAAUGUUUGGAUUUAGGAAAACACCCCCAUCCGCGAAUAAGGUUGCUAAGCAUAGUUCCAAUCCUUUCGAUUCAGACUCUGAGACUGACGCCAAGCAUACCCUUAAACCUUCAAGAAGAAUCUCUUCUGAACCUUCUCUCGUGACUCCAAAUUUCAAUUCCAACCCUUUUGAUGAUGAUGAUGAUGAUGGAAGAGGUGCCUCCUCAUCUUCGUAUUCUGCCACUUCAGCAGCAAGAAACAAAUACAAGAAUGAUUUCCGUGACUCAGGAGGAUUAGAGAACCAGAGUGUGCAAGAACUAGAGCAUUAUGCUGCUUACAAGGCUGAGGAGACUACUAAGACAGUCAGCAAUUGCCUCAAAAUUGCCGAAGAUAUUAGAGAUGAUGCUACAAAAACUCUGGUUACCUUGCAUCAGCAGGGUGAGCAAAUCACAAGGACCCACAUGCUUGCUGUAGAUAUUGAUCAGGAUCUCAGCCGGGGUGAGAAACUUCUCGGAAGUCUUGGAGGCAUCUUCUCUAAAACUUGGAAGCCAAAAAAGACUCGUGAAAUUGCAGGGCCAGUAGUAAUAAAAGAUGAUCCAUCAAAGAAGAGGGGCAGCCACUUGGAGCAAUUGGGAAAGUUGGGUUUGACACCUCCAUCCAGGGGGAAGCCAAACUCUCGAUCACCUCCUCCUGAACCCACAACUGCAUUACAGAAAGUUGAGGUUGAGAAGGAAAAGCAAGAUGAUGCACUUUCAGAUUUAAGUAACAUUUUGGGUGAGCUGAAGGAAAUGGCUGUUGACAUGGGGUCUGAGAUCGAAAGGCAAAGUAAAGCUUUAGACUAUGUUCAUGAUGAUGUCGACGAACUAAAUUCCCGGGUCAGAGGUGCAAAUCAACGUGGGCGUCGUUUGCUUGGGAAAUAGGCUCUCCAGGCUGCUGUCCCACCGGCACAUUUACUUAACUCCCCCUUUCACCUUCCUCAGCUUAAAAGGGACACUUAGUUUUUUUUUUUUUUCUUCACACAUCCUCAUCUUAUUCCUUGUUUCCCUCUUUUGUUUCUUUUUCCUAUAAAGCCUUCUUGGCAUACACUAUACAGGCAGAUAUAUGCUAUAAAAUUUGUUUUCUGCAUUUGUUGUUUCUUA